GUGUACGAGUGCGACACCAACAUACAUAGACACUACAUAUCUAGCUCUCCAAAAUGGAUUUUAGACUACGAAGCCUGUUUGUCUUGCUUGGCUUAUUAGUGAUAGCCGAGGUCGGCUUUGGUGCUUACCGCAGCGGCUACAGAAGUUACAGCAGCUACAGAAGUUACAGCGGCUACAGAAGUUACAGCGGCUACAGAAGUUACAGCGGCUACAGAAGUUCCGGUUCCUACAGUGGGUCUAGCUCCGUCGAUACCAACGGUGCGGGAUUCAUCGUCGGCGUGGUGGUCGCGGGGGUAGUUUGUGCCGGUGGAAUUAUCAUCCUAAUUCUUUGUCUUCUGAAGAAAAUUGGCACCAUUUGCUCCUCCCCUAAAGUGACCACUACCCCCAGCCCCACAAUAGACACAAUAAACACAGGAUUCAUACCUGCCGACAACUACAACAUGGGGUUCGUCAACCCGCCCCCACCACCGACCUACUCCGAUGUGUAUCCCCCGCCGUCAUACUCAAACAGAAAUGUGCCCGCGCCCAACCUCGCUUACCCACAGCGACUGUGCCUCAGUGAGUGCCGCUGAUAGACAUCGUCGGCAGGUAGAGCUGCAACUAUUCUGUCAAAGCAUAAUCAAAUCACCUGAUUAUAUUUCGAGUUAUAAUUAAAUAUACCAUCGGUGUAAAUCAUUACAUAAAGUUGAAAAAGUAUGAUUUCCUCUUGACCACACACAAUGUUUUGUCUAAGCGUAUUGCUUACACAAUAGUAUGUAUUCAAUGAUAAUAUGAACUCGACUUUGAUAUUAUGUUUAUACGCAUAUUAAAAUAUACCAUAUCGUUAACAUGUGUGAUGCUUUAGCUUUAUUUACCCCCAUAAUAACAUACAUGUGUAUACGCAUCUUUAAAUGUACAUUGUUCACAUUUGUAUGAAGAACCUUUAUAUUUAAGAGAAUUUAUAUUUUAUAAAUAUAAAGAAACUG